ACACCAACUUAGGUGCGUUUCUCUUUUUUUUUUCUUCCCUCACCCUUGCAGGAAGAUACGUAUAUAUAUGUGUGUGCGUGACGGAAUCUCCCCUCCACGCACACACACUCUCGAAUCUCCAAGAAUCUGCGCGGAGGAGGACAGAAGAGGAGGAGGAAGAGGCUGUCCACGGGCUCUCACACUGCGGAACGCGCGCGGAGCUGCCUGGAGAUCCCCCUCCCAAAAUAUCGGCGGGUCCUUCCAUCGCCUGCACUCCGUCCGCCGCGUAGCGCCCUCCCUCCCUCCAUCCAUCCAUCCCUCCCUCCCUCUUUCCUUCCCCACGCGUGGACCUCACAUUUGACUGGCAAGACGGAAUCGGCACCUGAGCUCCUGGCCGUGGCCAGCCAGCGGGGGUCUUCGCGGACUCGACAGGUGGAUUAAUCCGAGCGUGCGGUUCUCAUUUCUGGGUGGAGGUGCUUCUUGUGCGUGCCCCCCCCCCUCCCCCCACUUCUUUCCCUCGGAUGGAGGUGCAAUUGAUGGAUUAAUUUCACGGGGGUGGAGGGGGGAGACUCACCCCUUGGAGGGCACCCGAAUGGAGUAACAGGCUGCAAUGUCAUCUCCACCCGGCUGCCUGGAGAGAUGUGUCACGGGAAUGGGAUCAAGUUGAAAGACUUUGGCACCAGAAGAAGGCGGAAGGAGGAGGAAGAGAAUGAGGAGCCGGAGAAGAGGCGCGAUGGCCGGCCACGACGACGACGGCCACGCGCGGGUCAGGGAAGCGGCGGUGGCGCGCACGCUCACGGACCCGCGAGACGAAGGCGCAAAACGCUCCUUGUGACAGCCAAGGGUACCAUGUGUGCCACGUUGUGGACGCUACUCCUCCUCUCGCACUGGGCGUCUCGAGCCACGUCCCAGAAGCCUCCGGGGCUCAGCGUGGGCGUAGUAAUGGGCCAGACCCGAAUGGUACCGGACCAGGACCUGCGACCCCCUCGCAACCCCGACGACGCCCUGGACAUAUCGGUGGUGCUCUUAAGGAUCAACCAGACCGACCCCAAGUCCGUCAUCACGCAGGUUUGCGAGCUGCUGUCACGAUCUCGCCUCCACGGCAUCGUGUUUGCCGACGGCACGGACCAGGAGGCCAUCGCUCAGAUUCUCGACUUCCUGUCCGUCCAGACCCAACUUCCUGUGCUGGGCGUGCACGGCGGCUCCUCCAUGAUCAUGGCCGACAAGGAUGAGAAGUCGACGUUCUUCCAGUUUGGCGCCGCCCUGCAGCAGGAGGCCCUCCUCAUGCUGGCCAUCAUGGAGGAGUACGACUGGCACGUCUUCUCCAUCGUCACCUCCAAGUUCCCCGGCUACCAGGACUUCAUCACCACCCUCAGGGUCACCGUCGACCACAGCUUUGUGCGCUGGGACCUCCAGAGCGUGGUGACUCUGGACGCGGUGGACGGAGACCCCAACUCCAAGUCUCACAUCGCCCUGAAGAGGAUCCAGAGUCCCGUCAUCCUGCUGUACUGCUCAAAGGAUGAGGCCGUCUACAUCCUGGAGGAGGCGCGCUCGUUGGGCCUGAUCGGAGCCGGCUACAUCUGGAUCGUGUCCAGUCUCACCACGGGAAACCCAGACUUUACCCCCGAGGCCUUUCCCCUGGGCAUGAUCUCGGUGUCCUACGACGACUGGGAGUACCCGCUGGAGACGCGGGUGCGCGACGGCGUGGGCAUCAUCUCGUGGGCGGCCACCGCCAUGCUGCGAGAGAAGAACGAGCUGCCCGAAGCGCAGGGCAGCUGUCACAGCACGCCGUCGGAGCGCAGCCCGGGCAAGCUGCCGCCCAGCGCCCUGCGCAGACACAUGAUGCACGUGUGGAACGACGGCAGGGAUUUGUCCUUCACGCCCGACGGCUACCAGGCCAACCCUAAGCUGGUGGUCAUUGUCCUGAACAGCGAGAGGACGUGGGAGAAGAUGGGUCGCUGGGAGAACGGCACGCUGUCGCUGAUGUUCCCCGUGUGGCCGCGCUACAACUCGCACGGCGACGAGGACGCCGACGAGAACCACCUGUCCAUCGUCACGCUGGAGGAGAAGCCCUUUGUCAUCGUGGACAACGUGGACAUCCUCACCGGGACGUGCAUGAGGAACUCGGUGCCCUGCCGCAAGCACGUCAAAGACAACAGCACGUCGGGGGGCUCGUACAUCAAGCAGUGCUGUAAGGGCUUCUGCAUCGACAUCCUCAAGAAGAUCGCCCGCAAUGUCAAGUUCACCUACGACCUCUACCUGGUCACCAACGGCAAGCACGGCAAGAAAAUCAACAACGUGUGGGACGGCAUGGUGGGAGAGGUGGUGUACAAGAAAGCCGCCAUGGCCGUCGGCUCUCUGACCAUCAACGAGGAGAGGUCGGAGGUCAUCGAUUUCUCGGUGCCCUUCGUGGAGACGGGCAUCAGCGUCAUGGUGUCGCGCAGCAACGGCACCGUCUCGCCGUCGGCCUUCCUCGAGCCCUUCAGCGCGUCAGUUUGGGUGAUGAUGUUUGUGAUGCUGCUCAUCGUCACGGCCAUCGCUGUCUUCCUUUUCGAGUUUGUCUCUCCGCUGGGCUUCAAUCGCAACUUGGCCCAAGGCAAAGACCCCCACGGCCCGUCGUUCACCAUCGGCAAGGCCAUCUGGCUGCUGUGGGGUCUGGUCUUCAACAACUCGGUGCCGGUGCAGAACCCCAAAGGCACCACCAGCAAGUUCAUCGUGUCCGUGUGGGCUUUCUUCGCCGUCAUCUUCUUGGCCUCCUACACGGCCAACCUGGCCGCCUUCAUGAUCCAGGAGGAGUUUGUAGACCAGGUCACCGGCCUCUCUGACAAAAAGUUUCAGAGCCCCUACUCGUAUUCGCCGCCCUUCCGCUUCGGCACGGUUCCCAACGGCAGCACGGAGCGCAACAUCCGCAAGAACUACCCGGACAUGCACCAGUACAUGACCAAGUACCACCAGACCAAAGUGCAGGAUGCCCUGGUCAGCCUCAAGACCGGCAAGCUGGACGCGUUCAUCUACGACGCGGCCGUGCUCAACUACAUGGCUGGCCGAGACGACGGCUGCAAGCUGGUGACCAUCGGCAGCGGCUACAUCUUUGCCACCACCGGCUACGGCAUCGCUCUGCAGAAGGGCUCCUACUGGAAGCGACUGGUGGACCUGGCCAUCCUCGGCAUCAUCGGCGACGGCGAAAUGGAGGAGCUGGAGGCGCAGUGGCUGAUGGGCAUCUGCCACAACGAGAAGAACGAGGUGAUGUCCAGCCAGCUGGACGUUGACAACAUGGCGGGCGUCUUCUACAUGCUGGCCACGGCCAUGGGCCUGUCCAUCCUCACCUUUGUCUCCGAGCAUCUCUUCUACUGGCGUCUGCGUUACUGCUUCACCGGCGUCUGCUCGGGACGCCCCGGCCUGCUCUUCACCAUCAGCAGGGGCAUCUGGAGCUGCAUCCACGGCGUUCACAUCGACAUGAAGAAAAAGGCACCCGAGCUCGACUUCAGCCCUCAGGCCAACAUGCUGCACCUGCUCAAGUCGGCCAAGUCCAUGGCCAUGUCGUCGCCUAAGCGCAACACGGUGCUGGUGCAGCCCAGCAUCCUCGACGUCAUGACCGGAAAAGGUAACUCGCUGCACGGCCUCGCUCCGAAGGGCCCCGGUCUCUAUAGCAACGCCAGCGGUCCUCAGGCCUUCCUGUCGCUGUCGGGGCGCCACAAGAACCUACUGAACAACGCGGCGCCCUUCCCGGCCCAGCAGAAGGCGCCCGCCCAUCAGGCCAGCCCCACAAACAAGCCGCAGCUGUCCGUCACCAACGCCAACAACGGCACGACCCGCCCGGGAGCAGCGCCGCCGUCUAAGCCCCGCGCCCUUUGGAAGAAAAGCGUAGAGACUCUGAAGACGCAGCCCGGCGGGGCGGCUCCGGGCGCCGCGCCGACGCCAGCCGUGCCCCCGGCCAUGAAGAGCCAGCGCUAUCUCCCCGAAGAGCCGCCGCCUCCUCCCCGCUCGGACAUCUCCGAGUGCUCCAGUCGCCCGACGUCCCACAAAGACUCCGACUCUGUCGCGACGAGGGGCGCUUUCAAAUCUGUUAACCAGUUGAGGAAGCGGGCAGGCGGCGGUGGCGGCGGCGGCAGCGGCGGAUCCAAAAUCUUCUCCAUCGACUCAGACCAGGCCAGCCUGCAGUCGGCGCCGCCCUACCAGCGCGACAGCCAAGGGGGCAGCGACGAGCAACCGUACCCGCCCGAGGGCACGUACUCUCACAAGGGGGACGCGCCGGUCCUGCAGUUGAGCGCCACCUUGCUGCACCACAGCCACAGCGCCGAGGCCGACCUGCACUCCAUGAAGGACAAGAAGUACAGCACCUACACGCACAGCAGCAGCGCAAAAGACAAGUCGAGCGGAUCCUUCGAGGCCCCCGGGUCGGCCGUGGGCUCUCAGGGCGUGCGUCCGGGCCACUGCCGCUCCUGCCUGACCAAACUGAGCGGCUACUCGGGUCUGUACACGGUGCGCCCCCCGCAGGCCCGCUGCGACGCCUGCGCCCACCUGGGCAACCUGUACGACAUCCGCGAGGACCACCUGAACUACUCCAACGCUCCUGAUAUGUUUGCCCACUACCUGCCCCAGAGCCAGCUGGGGAUGGUGGGCGAGGGCGACGACCUGGUCAGCCACUUUGAGCCGGCGGCGGCGCCCUGCUCGCCGUCCGCCUUGACGGCCGCCUCCUCGCCCGUGGCGCAGCAUUUGCAGCUGAGUCGCCAGCACUCGUACGAGAACGUGCUUCCGGACGGCGCGGCUCAAUUGCGGGGGCUGAGCCUGCCCGACCGGGACCGGGAGAUGACCCUGGACGAGGGCGCCUACGCCAACGUGCUUACCAUGCGCUCCGACCGCCCCUUCAGCGGCCGCAGUCCGUCCUCGCCGUCUCCCUCGCACCACCGCGGCUCGGACGUGCCCCUGCCCCUGCCCCGUCGUUCCAAGAGCCUCUUCCCUGACCGGCCCUCGCAGAACCCCUUCCUCCAGUCGGGCACGGCGCAGCGAGAGUCGGCCGGCCACGCGCACGCCGCCGGCCAGACGGCCGGCCGAGCGCUCUACAAGCAGCAGCGCCCGCCGCUCUCGCUCACUCUGGGCAACCACGGCGGCCACCACAUCAAUCACCACAUGGACCCUCAGAUGUUUUACCCCCAACAAGAGCCCCCAGUGGUGGCCUACAUGGUGCCGCCCGCCGCCGCUCAGCCCAUGAGCUACGUGACGGCGCCGCGAGCUUCCAGUGCCGGCGGCAACCGGCCCCGCCUGUACCGACGCAUGCCCAGUAUUGAGUCUGACGUGUGAGACUCGCCGCUUCCUGUAACUCACACACACACACACACACACACACACAGGAUUUCUGGAACAUUGCCCCCCCCCCUGCCCUCCUCACCAGCCUUCCAAGGGGACAAACCAACCCUCCAGCACUCCCACAGUAAUUGAACCUACUCAGUUGGGGGCUGCUGUGUGUUCCAGGGUCUCGCCGCCCCAACACACGCACACACACACACACACACACACUGGGAAAGACUGUUUGAUAAUGUUGAUGUCAGCCAAUUGAACAUUCCAAACCAAAUCAAUAAUUUUAUGGGUGAAAAAAAAAAAUGCUCUCAGGAUGAGGCGUGGGUCCGAGAGGACUCGAGAUGGACACACAUACACACACACACAAAUAUAUAUAUAUAUAUAUAUAUAUAGCAUUUAGCGUUCUAGCUUCCUCUCUUAGCUCUUAGCCUUCAGGUCACACACUUGCAUGCUUCCUUGACAACCCUGCGUGACACACACACACACACACACACGUAUGCAGGGUCAUAUAUGGGCACACACGCGCAAGUGCACACUGAGUGUGUGUGUGGGGGUGUGUGUAUGUGUGUGUGGGUGUUGUUGCGGUGAGCUAGCCUAGCCUUUGUGCACUUUGUACAUUUUCUAACCUGCCACCAAACACAAACCAAAAACAAAUACUUUUUGAUACUCACACAGUUGGCAGUUGUUGUUGUUUUUUUCUUGUCUUUUUGGCUGUGGCGGCAAGUAUAAGCUCACCAGUAGAGUAUUAGAAUACAUAUUCCUUUUUCGCGGCUUCAUUCGUACACGUGCGUGCAAGUGUGCCUCGGCCUGGUAGUGCUAUAAGAUUAGCCGUGGUUUCAAAAGUUGCUGUUUUGCCAAAUCUUUUUUUUUUUUUACUUUAGUCUCUACGGAAGGUCCCGGAAGAUGAACCCACACAUACAUCUGAGAGAAAAAUAUAGAAAUAAAUAACACUGUGUCAGAGACCAGCAUCACGUGAGUGGUUCACACACACACACACACACACACACCACACACAAGCUGUGUCCCAAUUGGGGGUCUAACUGUCUGAACUACAUUGUCCAAUGAGGUCAUGUAAAAUCAAAU